UCACCUGACUUUUCUCUUGAUGCUUCCCACAACGAUAUCACCGCGCUCUACAAAUUGAACGACAGGAUCUGCUUAUUGCGCUCUCGUUCGCUCGAGAGCAGAAGAUCAAUUUCAAUCGAUCCACCACCCACAGAAGUCGGGCAAACGGAGUUCGCCUUUUUUGUCGACGAAUCGUAGCUUACUGCCAUCUAUCGGAACUUCCGGUAUACGUGACGCGAUGCAACUUACAGUUGAUAAUGUUUAACCAAACAAUUACGUUCUAAUCUUUCAAUAAGUGACAGAAUUAUUUCUGACAAGCAUAUUUUAUUUAUUUAAGAGUUUAUUUAAUUUCAUUUCAUGAUGGAGAGUGAAAAUACAACUAGUGAGAAAUCUCUUGCAGACAAACAUGCUGAAAGAAUGAAACGUUUACGGGAACUUCACACGAAAAGAAAUGAGGCCAGACAACAAAACCAUAAAGAAGUAGUAGAGGAAGAUAAAAGGAAUAAACUUCCUUCGAAUUGGGCAUCACGUAAAAGACAAGCAGAAUGGAUUAUACAAGAUGAAGCUGCAAGAAAAGCUGCUCAAGAAAAAGGAGAAGAUUAUGAAAGAAUGAAAUUACUUCAUAUCGAUGCAACGGAAGCAGAACGUAUAGCAAGAAAGAAAAAAAAUAAGAAAAAUCCUGAUCCAGGUUUUUCAGAUUAUGAACAAGCAGCUAUUCGUCAAUACAAUAGGCUAGUAAAAAAUAUUAAACCAAACAUGGAUUCGUACGAAGAAGCUAAAGAUAAAUUAGGUCCAGCUUUUUAUGGAGAUAAAAAUACUAUAUUACACGGUCUUCACGAAGAUAAAAAAGAAGCUAUUGACAAAAUGGUCGAAGACUUGGAAAAACAAAUUGCAAAGAGAGAUAAAUAUAGCAGAAGAAGAAUGCACAAUGACGAUGCUGAUAUUGAUUACAUCAACGAACGCAAUGCUAAAUUCAAUCAAAAAUUAGAAAGAUUCUACGGUGAAUACACGCGUGAAACAAAGCUAAACUUGGAACGGGGUACAGCUAUAUAAUAGGUUGGCUGCAACUUUUUAUUUAAUUUAAAUAGUGAUUGUAUUUACAGUUUUUAUGUUUCCAAUGUAAUUUACGUUAUACCACCCAACUAUGCACUGUCCCUAAAAAUAAAGCAAAUAUUUUUUAUAUCAUA